AAACUAGGUAGCCAUUUUGAAGAUCGAAACACUGCGAAGAUACCGUGAGAGGAAAAAUUGAAAGUGUGUGACGGAUCAGAUGAGUUACAUCACACCAGUAAGCGUGCAGCUGAUCCGUUGCAUUCCGCUUACGCAGUGGGAUUGAAGAAGUUGAUUUCUCUAUCAUGACCACUCGACCUGUUCCAACGGCUUUGCUUGGUCCUAAUGUGGCGCAAGUUCGACCCAUGAUACAGGCACCUGUCCAAGCUGUAGAAUCGGGGAUAUUUCCGAUGCCCAUACUGUCGACACGACCGAAUAACAUAAUGGAUGGAAGUGCUGGAUUGACGCAACAUUUGUCUGUAUCGCCAACUUCCACGAUUGUGCCUCCGGGUCGGUACAAAUACUGCACAGGGUUGGCCAAUGGCCAGCAAGGCUUGUAUCUCGCACCUCUUUCCAACGACGCCGGAAAUCCAAAUACCAAAGUGUUUGUGCCGUUCAAUUCGAACAAACAUACAUCACUGCCCAAGGUAGUCCUUCCUCCUGCAUCCCCAGUCAUUCAGGCAACCGGUCUUAAUGUCCAUUCAUCAAACCCCAUACAAGGCCAAACACCAGUUCCGACUGGCUCGUUCAUGAAUGUGGCCACAAUGCAACAGAGAGGACUGACACCAGGAAAAGGCGCAAACACACCAGGAGCGAUUUUGUGGGAUAAUCUGCCCACACCUGUACGUAACAUGAAACCAAACAAUGUCCCUCAGCCAGUCACUGUGCCAUUGAUGCUAACGUUGAUGGACAACCCUACCCCAAGAUUUCAAUCUCUGCCCCUUACUACUGUACCCAGUUUGGCUGCAUCAUCUAAGUUGUUGAACAUUGCUCAAAAUAAGGUUGGUGAGUGUAAAACCACGCCAGCAAAGUCGUCAACGUUAACAGCUCCGACAACGUUUAUGAAUGGGGUGAGUGUUCAGUCUGCAGGGAAAACAGUAACUAGUUUUAGUACAGUAAAACCGAUAGCAUCACAAUCGCGCUUCCCUGGCACCCUGAAAAUCAUUGUAAAUAAUCCGAAAGGUGGCGUUCACCAACAAAUAGCCCAUAUGACUGCACCAACAACAGUUAACCAGGGAUCUGUGAAUGUGACCGUUGCACCAGACCCCAAUUCCAAAGCACCAGGUACUAUACUCAUUCCCCAACCAUCUAAAAAAAGGGUUAGUGAACAGACUUUGUCCAGACUUGGACAGUAUGAAACGGCGGAUAAUUCUUCGGCAUUGCCUACGAUGGCUACAGAUGAUGAAAAGAAAAUCACCAUCAAACAAGAGGUAAAAGAUACUGGGUAUAAUGAUAAUGAAGAUGAAACGGAAAGCUUUAAGUUUAAGAUUGGCUCUGUGUUUUCCCUGUCAUCAUCCGUAACGAUGGACGAGGAGUUUAUUAAGCAAGAACCAGAUGUCAUUCCACGGUGUGAGUAUCACGACGCGCACUUUGUCAUUCUGCAGAACCUUGACUUGAAAGGGUUGCUAUCAGUGGACAUUCGAAAGUUCCGUAAAAUCACAGGACGUCAAAGUUGCACAAAAAAAUGUCGCGAGAAAACAGUUGUUCGACUUUGUCGUUUGCAUAAACUUUGUGUAAAAAGAAAAUUGGAAUCAGAGCCGGAUGACAAGUUAUCAUUGAACGUUAAAGACAUAAAAGUAGAAGCUGAGGAACGUCAUGAGGUGGACAUUUUCUUCGCUAGGUGUAAGCCAGCUCCUAAAUCACAUAAGAUGAGAUUGUUUAGGAACGCACAGAAGCGGAUGAAGAAGAAAUCAAGGGACGAUAAACUACAACAUAGAGGCAGAUCGCCAGUGAAAACCAAUAAUACCAAAGAAGUAUCUCUUCAGAAGCUAUUGCCAAAGUGUAAUACCAACGCGGCCUCAACAGACAAGGACCAUUCAAGUAAGCAAGACCACGAUUAUGCAAAUAAGGCAGUGUCGCUUCUUAAUCCAGGCAGCAAACCUGUUCAAGGGUGGGUUCCUAUGACAAGUGGAAGCAGCAAAUCCAAUACCUCGGCACCUUCCGGUUAUGUGACGCCUACAACCACAGUUGAUGCUAAAUCCCCGGCUGUCCUGAAGGCGGCCUCAUCACUGGGCACAAAGAAGUUCUAUUUGAUCAAGGUAGAGGGUAAAAAUAUUCUUAUUCCUGUUGAACAAACAGGGAUUCAGCCUCGUGCUUACGUCUUGGGCAAUGACAAAGUUCCUACUACGGUUACAAAAAACACAAACGCAGUUGUUAGCGGAAAUUUACCUUCUUUGGAUCCGUCACAAAGCGCGGCGUCAAUUCCAACCACAGUAACUUCAGUGCAAGCGUCUAUUCAGGCUUUCGCGGAUGCAUCGGCUCAAAAACCCUUUGCGACAUCUGUGACUAAGACAAGUGUUGUGCGGUCUCAGGCCAAGGACGACUCACAGGAAGUUAUGGCACAAAAGUCAACACGUGAAAGUGUGGACACAUUGGUGCCGUUGCUUAACAUUAAACCAGAGCUAAUGCGGGGGUACGCUGACGAAGAGCCUUCCCCGGCUGUGCCCAGCACGUCAUCGGUGAAUACUAAGAACACACCAGUUCAAGCAGCAGACUGGACACCAGCUGAACGAAACUUACCCGGUCCGUCUACAAGUAAGGCCUUCUUCCCAGGACCCGCCAUUUCCACGUCAGCCGACAGAAUCCGAAAGCUGAAGGAACUUCUUCGAAAAAAUGAAGAAGAAUUAGAACAAAUUAAAAAGAAAAGAAAAGAAGAAGCACUGGAAAUGAGUAGCAUUUUGGACAGUGACGAUUUGUAAUGUGUUUUGCGUUUGUGUCACAACGAGACUGUUUGACUGAUGUGAGCAUGUGGCUGAUGACUUGGCUUUUUCUGGUAUGCGCAGUUUAGGCAUAAGCUUGUGCACUAUCCCCAUGGCUGGAUUCAGAUGUCGUAUUGUAUGUUAAACUUUUUUUUUCAUUGAAUAUUAUUAUAUUGAAGUUUAAAUCUUUUCAAAGUACUCUUAUUGUGCUAGCUUUUUAUUCAUUGAAGUGUUAUAGAAAAGAUGGAAACAACUUGAGCUUCAGGGAAACGUCACCAUUCCCUUCCUAGUGCUUGUCCCGUGAAACUAUUAGCUUUUUCUAAGCCUGUAAAGUCGAAAAAAGAAGAUUUAAAACGCAUUGUACCCUCUCGCAGAGAUAAAAUUAUACCUAAUUAUGUUAAGUUCUUAUUCAUUAUGUUUUAUUUCACGCAGAUUAAACUUGUUGUAGGAUUCAUUUUAUAGAAUUGUUUGGGUUGACAUUUAAGUUACCUGUCCCAUCACAAAAAAUUUGUAUCAUUUAGCUAAUUAUGCUAUCAAUAAUUAAAGCUGGCAAUACGGUGACGUGAACCAUUUUAUAGGCUGGUAAUAGAGACUAGUCUUGCAUGGCCUUGUCGUGAGGCAAAAGGUCCGAAUUCUCUCAAACAAUUUGUAUAUACCAAAUGAGGCACUUGGUAUAUACAAUCCAUGUGACUUCGUGUAUGAAGUAUACAGUCUUCAUUCGACGUGACCUCGUCAAAGUUACCGGGGUGUUUUCCAUUUUACUUAUGUUUUAGUUCCUGUAUUUAUUCCCACAGUGAUCUCGUUUAAGAUAUUAGCCCCAAGAAGCUGUCUUAUUUUAAGUCAAGAGUAGUUUUAACUCCAUAACAGUUUACUGCGUCAAAAAUUAUAUUUUCGUACUAAAAUGUUGCCUUUCAUGACAAAAUUCAAAGUUAGCGUUCAGUUUAAAUGUAAGUUCCGGAAUCACGCCAUGCCUAUAAGCCUAAUACAGCUUCAUGGUCUUCAGGAUGUCAUAUGACCUCAGCUAUGGUAAUGGGCUGCAUUCCAUGGGCUAAACUCUAAGCCUGUUCCAAUUACUCGUGUGAACUCUGGCAUAAACACUGCUGUCAUGGCAGACUUUCAACAGAGAAAUUAGUUUUGAAUGUUAUUUCUUAGUCUGGAAUGUCGCUUUUGGUUCCAAGAUCCGUCAUCAUAAAAACAAAUGGUUACUACAAGGUUGGG